AUGCGCGCAAGUACUUUGUUAGCAGCCGUCGCCUUCGCUGGAGCUGAAGUCGUAUCAACAUCCACGCUCCGAUUUACCGGCAUCUCCCCACGAAGUUUAACAAGCGCGCGCGACGUCAAGCACAUACUCCACUUUUCGGAUGUCCACCUUAACAUUUCCGAGUCACUGAACGCUACCGAGUCCGCGGAAAUGCACUUCGAGUAUGGAGACGACGCCCCAAUCACCCUGCUUACGUCUGCGCUCGAGUUCGCCAAGAAAUUGAUGCCCGACCCAGACUUUUUCCUCUACACUGGAGACCACGUCGCGCAUGGUGAACUGAUCAACGAGUUCCUUGCCGAGACGGUGGAGACGAACGUCGAGACCAUGGCGCACUACUACGCGACUGCGGACAACGACACAAACCUGGACGUCACUGCUCUGAUCGGCAACGCUGACACUUCUCCCGAUUACACGAUGAACGUGACGGACCCUAACACCGAGGUGAACCCGUCGAUCUCGCUGAUAUCGGCGGCAUGGCAAGACACGCUGUCCAAGUCCAACCUCGACUGGUAUAACCGCCGCGGCUACCUGACCUACGACCUCGACGACAAGCUGGUGGUGCUGACGCUCAACACGGUGCCCUAUAUGCAUGCCGUCCAGCCAAGCCACACGCCGAACACGACCAACAUGACGGACCCCUUCGGCCAGUUCGCGUGGCUCAACGAAACUCUCCUAGAGCUCCGAAGGUCCGACAAGUUCGGGUACAUCGUCGGGCAUAUCCCUCCCAUCAUCGACUCGUUCAGCGGCGCCCAGAUGUGGGAGGCCUCAUACAUCGCCACGUACAAGGCGAUUGUGAGCGAGUUCACCGACAUCAUCAAGGCGCAGUUCUUCGCCCACGUUCACAGUAUCGAGUUCCGCGUCCCUCUCUCUUCCGAGCAGCAAGCGCAGGAGGAAGCCGAGGGGGCGGAGCUUGUGCCGCUGUUCAUGUCCGCAGCUAUCUCGCCCAUCUACGACAACAACCCAGCCUUCAUGGUCUGGGACUUCGACCCUGCCACGUACGAGCUGCUGGACUUCACCGUGUACGGCACCAACAUCUCGUCCGACAGCCAGGAGCUCGACUGGCAGCCGCUCUUUACCGCCAGCACGGAGUACGGCGUCGAUUCGUUGCGCACGUCGGAGCUGAACGCGUUCGUGGACCGCGCAGCGUCCGACUCCGCCUUAUUGGAGCAGUAUUACUACAACUCCAAGGCGCAGUCGUACCUGCAGUCGUCGUGCCAGGACGUCGCGUGCCAGUCCAAGUGGCUCUGCACGACGCAAUGGUACACGACGUCGGAGGACUUCGAAGCCUGCGUGGUCGAGCUGGAGACCAAGCGCAAGUAG